UUUAUAUCCUCUCACUACUGCCAAGGCACCUGAAAUCGCGAAGACAGGAUAGCUUGUGUCCACUGGUGAUUCGAACACAUUCUCUUUUUCUUGCAAAGAAGUCCUCGUCAGCUGAAUCCAACCCUUUGCCUUGAAUCUAUCCAAGCAGAGAAUCAUCUCCUCUUCCUUGACGAGGACGAACCCAAACACGACAGAUCAUUAUGGCUGUCGAGAUGGACUACUAUGAAGGAAAUGGCGAGGCAGGACUUGACCUUGAGAUCAAAGAACCCCGUCAAUUCAGAGGCGCCUCGCCUAAUCCAUUGAUCGAUGAUCUUCGAGCUCAGAACCUGCCUCGAGGCGUGCUCAUCCCUCUGAAAACGACCCAGGAGGUUCGCCAAGACCACACUAUUGUUCAGGCGUACAUUACAAGAGCUCCAACCAAGUCCGCCAAUGACGUUAUCACCCUCCUGCGCGACAUGUGUCCUGACGGUAACGCUAAUACCUUACCGCACCUUCGUCGAUGCGCAAAGCCAUCAGAUCUCCCUGCUCAUCUCAAGACGCAGUUGAUGAAUGACACACCUGUUGGACGGCAGAUUCACACUGCAAAAUCUACCUGGAUAUACAUCAUCGUCGGAGAGGCCAAGGACUUUUCCCAAGAGGAACUCAUUGAGCUGCUGUCUGGCGUGGAAGGAAUCGAGAAGGAACCCUUCAUAAGUCUCAUUCCAGUUCCAUUGUUGGCACCGACAUCCCAGGUCCAGGCCGCCAUGUGGUCUUCACAGUUCUGGCCAACUGUCUAUCGCAAAAAUAACCCUCUGGGACCACAUCCGGGUAUGGUGGCCCGUGGCACUGACGACAUCAAGCAUGACACGGCAAUUUGGAUGGCAUUAGCCCAUCGCGUCGCCCUUCAAGCCAAGGAAGCAGGUAUUGGAGAGGCAAUGGGUGCCGUGAUUGUCCAGAGAAGCGAAAGCGGUACAGAGCUCGUUGGACUUGCUGGCGAUGCCAGACACCACCAAGGAGGUGCCCUAAUCAUGGGUGGCAACAAUCCCAUGUCACACUGCGUCCUGCGCGCUAUUAGCAUGGUGGCUCAGAAACUCGUCCGAUACGAGCGAUUGGCUACCGAACAACCGAUGGAGUACGCCAAUUUGGAUUUCGACGCCUUCCAGGACGUGCCCUUAAUUGAGCUGGAAAGAGAGUGUUACAAGCAAGAACACCCAAACAGAGACGGCUACCUAUGCCACGGACUGGAGCUCUACGUUACUCACGAACCAUGCGUGGCGUGCUCCAUGGGUGUGCUCCACUCACGCAUGGGAAAGGCGGUAUUCUGCAACCAUAUGCCUCAAUCAGGCGGCCUGAGCUCAGAUGAUCGUCCUGAUGGAGGUGGACGAGGAUUGGGUCUUUUCUGGAGACGAGAGCUCAACUGGAGCUUACUGGCCUGGGAGUGGGAGAGUGACGGCGUACCUGAACUCCCCUCUGUUGACCCAACCACUCACGUUUAGGAUUACCACCUCCGAGGACGAUAUGAGACUCGACACUGCCCUCGCUGGCUGGAGCAGUGCAGGACGAUGGAGUCCUCCGGGCAGGGGAACGCCCAAGCUACGUGGUAUGGUUUUGGUUUUGGUAAAAGUAUAAUGCGCGGUUGCUGCAUCGUGUUGCGUCUGUUUAUACGAGUAAUUUAUGAUGGAAAAUGCAUAUUGCUACGACGCUAUUGGCGACGACCGAGAGGAGUGUUACAAGGAAAGGGAGAGGGGUUAGAUAAUCCUCUGUUCGCUGAAGGGACUCGGUACGAAUUACGAGGUAUCAGAUUACUUUGUGGAAAGUUUGUGAUUUUUAGUACGGCAUGGAACGGCGAACGGAUGGCUGAAUUGGCAUUGGCAAAGAUGUGUAUUAGUAGCUUAGCUCAUCAAGGGAGCAAUAAAAAAAAAGGGGGCAUUUACAUAUUCUU